AUGAGCCGCAAUGGUGAGCUGUGCCUCAAGAAGGUGAUUGUGUCGUACUGCCCAAGCAGCGGAUCACCGAAUGUGCGCCAGUUCCUUGCAACACAUUUGCCCCGCUUUCACGCGAAGUACCCGAGCGUAACGAUCGACAUUCGCCCCCGUCUGUGGGCGGAGACGAGCAUGACCGGCGUCUACCGCGAUGGCAGCGAACGGGCCUGCCAGAUACGGUACAUGAGCCCGAUGGGCAUCUGGCUGCGCCUCAACCGUCUCGUCAACACUGCGAAUGACUACGACCAGCCGUUUUCUGCCGCCCACCUGCACUUCCAGCGGCGCUCGGUGCAGGGCACGUGGAACCCAUGGCUCUGGCACUACGAGACGGAACGCCGCCGCACAGAGGUUCCGCAGUGGCGCCGCAAGCUUUCGGAGGAGGAGUGGGACUACUACAUCGGACAAUACAGCGCACAGAUGAAGCACGAGGAAGAGGAGAUCCAGCGGCGGGUCACAGAGCACACCGACAUUCCUGAGCAGAGCACCAUGGAGGUACAGGAGCGGUGGAAGAAGCACGUGAUGCCGCGCCUGCAAACGGACGUGGAGUUUAACCUCGCGCAUUUCAAGCGUCAACAUGCCAAAGGUCAACGGCCUCAGCCGGUGUCAAUGGGAGAGUACAAACUCUUCUCCGUGCCUGACCACCGCGAAAUGGGUCAGGAUGCCGUUGAUAUGAUGCGGCGUAGAGAGGCGAAACAUCUGGAGGAGUGGUGGCGGCAGCGGAAGGAGCAAUUGAAGCCGCCCAAGUGA